AGUAAUCAAUAGUUGAGUAAUCGAUCAUCGAUUUUGCCUUCCAAGUUUUAUUUUGGGAAGGAAGGGACGCAACUCGGAAGGGAAGAGAAAGAAAAGGAGAGAGAGAGAGAGAGAGAGAGGGAGGGAUAAGCUCAUAAGGAUACGGUUGUUUCCUUGUUUCGCAGGCAAAUACAUAUUUUUCUUUCUUUCAUUCUUUGAUUCUUUAUUUCCUUUCAGUUUCUUGUCGGUAUCAAAAAACCCUAAUUUUCCUCUACUAUAUACUUUCCCUUUCUCCACAUUUCCUUAAAUUAGGAAGCACAUCUCCCAAUUUCUCUACUUUGAUUUUGACAACUUAGAUAUUUUUUCAACUCUGUUUGUUUCUCUGCAACCAAUCUUGGGCUUCCAUCUGUUUAUUUCCGUCUCGAUAAAACUUGCAGUAAACGAAGAUUUGCCAUGGCCAGAAGCUCCUUCAAGCUUGAACAUCCUCUGGAACGGAGGCAAGCUGAAGCUGCUCGUAUCAGGGAGAAAUAUCCAGACAGAAUACCAGUAAUUGUGGAGAAGGCUGAGAAAAGUGACAUUCCUGAUAUUGACAAGAAGAAAUAUUUGGUUCCUGCUGAUUUGACCGUUGGGCAAUUUGUUUAUGUGGUCCGGAAGAGGAUAAGGCUGAGUGCUGAGAAGGCCAUAUUCAUAUUUGUCAAGAAUGUCCUACCACCCACUGCUGCCAUGAUGUCUGCUAUCUAUGAGGAAAACAAGGACGAAGAUGGUUUUCUCUACAUGUCUUACAGUGGGGAGAACACAUUUGGGUAGAACACCUGUGAUUUCUAUGUGGUGUCUAGCCUAAUCACUGUAAAUAAGACUCAUGAACUAGGAAAAGGACCAUAAAGAGGUAAAAAAGUGUAAAUUCACAACAGCUCCUCUGCUUUGAAAUUCCUUUCAGAAAUACUAGCUUGUUAUUUGGGAUUCACGAUUUCAUAUCUCCCUGCUAAUGUUGCAAAUAGUUUAGAGGUUUAUAUUCAAGAACUCAAA